UCAGCCAAGGGCCCGUGCUGCCAUGGUGCUACUACCUACAAACACAGCUACAGCUUCAAGUUGCUCUUAACAUUGGAAUUGUAUCAUUCUAUUACAUUAACAGGACACUGAGUGGAUCAGGUAUCUGACUUUGGCAAUGGGGGGCUCAGUUUGGUGGGUUGUGGUGGAAUGUGCAUGUAGAGUUCUUGGCAUCUCAACUGCUGCAGUGUUGUGUGCAGUAGGAGUAGAAACGCUGCAUCAAGCAGACUUCCACAGCCUGGCUGUCUACCUCCUGGUGUCCUCUGCUGGAAUGAUGAUCUUUGAAUUGGCAUAUUUCACUGAUGCUCUUUUGGCAACGUGCUUUCCUUGUCCCCCUACUUUUAAGUUCUUCAUUGUUUGGAAGAAGAUGGCUAAUGUUGGAGGUUUCCAGAAGUUCCUCUACUACACAAUGAUGUCAGUGGUGUGUUUCCUGCAUCCAGUGUUAGUCUGGCAUGCUGUCAUACCAGGAACUAUGCUGCUGCUCACAGGAUUGUUCAAUUUUAUUUUGAGCAAAAAAAAGACAAGCUCCGCCAAAAAUUCAGGCGAAUCUUAUGGAGACCCAGCACUUUCGUCUGUCUGCGUCAAUGAGUCGGGAGAGACGGAGCAAACAUUUUCUUUCUUCCAUAUCAUCUCAGGCAGGAAGGUUUCCUUCCUACCCACCAACGGCAGAUUGCAAAGUCCUUCUCUGGCCUUCUCAGACAGUUCUCAGGCCAUGCUUGGGCCAGACCAUCCUUCACAGCAUGACCACAGACAAAUGAGGAAAGCUGAUGGAAGAAAUGUGCACUUGAUAGAGAGUUUCAGACAAGAUGAGACUGAGAUGGAGGAGUAUGACAUAGAACCAGAGGAGACCACCUCGGAUAAAGCACCAAUUAUUAAAGUGUAAUUGGUGGCUGUGGGAAAGUGAAGAAUGCACAGCAAAUUAUUUAUGGUUUGCAAUGUCCAGCUGAGGUCACAUAAUUACAAAGCAACUGACAUGCAAUUACCUCAUGCUGGAAUAUGGUCAUUUUUCCAAAGAGCAGUAGAUGAGUUACUAUUAAUGCCCAGAGUGUGCAGUUUUCCGAACCAGUCUUUUUAAAUGGACAUGUUGAUUUUCCGAAGCUUUCUCAGCACCGUGACAUUCUGUACAGCAUGCUGAUCAUUUGUGCUCUUCUUAAAUAGGAUCAGAAUAUAUUAACACCGGUCUUUCAUAACAUAUUUUACACAUUUUAUAAAAUAGACAUAUUAAAUCACAAUUAGCCUACAUAGUAAAUACACACAGCAUCUUGAUUAUAAUCUAAAUUCCUAUUUAACCAUUCUCUUCUGCUUUGAUUAUGAGGUUUGCAGUCUGUGUUUGGACUCAUUUGCAGUUAAAUUAGCUAGAACACUGUUACAUGAAUCUAACAUCUGGUCAUACCUAUUUGCCUUAUCCUCAUAUUUAUCAGUACUGACUGAUACUGUCAGCUGUGUGUUUUAUUAGAGUGAGCUAGAGCCUGAAAUAGACAGUGCUCUUAUAUAAUGCCUCCAAGAUGUGACCAUGGUGAUCUUCAUCAGACAUUUUAAUAAGAAAGAGCCGCCACACAAGAGCAAACACUACUGUAUUGUUGGACUGCGCUAGGUCUAAUUUUUGCUAGGUGUAAUUUUCCAAAUGCUUCAAGUAGCAAACAAUGAAAAGGAUGAAUCUUUUAAAUGUUGCAACAAUGAGUUUUUUCCACAAUCGUUCAAUUGACUGAACUAUGUUUGAGGCAAUACUGCUGUUCUUUAAGGGAGUUCACUCUGUGGCUGUAUUCCUAAGUGCAUUUAGGGAGUCUUGCCUCAAGACCUCAUCUACUACAUCAAGGCAUCAUAAAUCAAUACAAGCCUAAGUCUCCAUUCAUCAUCUGGUUUCUUGCUGGUCAGAUCCUGAAAAGAGCUUUUUCCAUCAAGAACGGACUGCUGCAGUCCCAUCUGGGCUAACACUCUGCUCCCUGUCUAACCUUGAUAGACAGUCUCCAUUGCUUCAAACCUGCUGAGAAUAAAGGAUUAAAGAUUGCUGGAGGGGGUUCUCUU